AUGAAAGAACUGGAGACAGUUGCAUUGUUCGAAGAAUUCCUAGAAAGCAAGUUCCAUUUGGGAACGAGAUUGCACCCGAAGCUCAGGUUUGGUUUUAUUGAAUUUCUUAAAUUUAACGCCGAUUAUUUUGCAUGGUCGCAUGAGGAUAUAACAGGAAUCCCGACGGAGGUAGUAGUGCACAAGCUGGGGUUAGAUCACGACGUACCUCCAGUAAGACAAAAGAAAAGCCCUAUUGCAAAAGCCAGGAAUAAAUUCGUCAAAGAAGAGGUAACUCACUUCGUUAAUAUCGGUUCGAUCCGAGAGGUAAGAUAUCCGGAUUGGCUAGCUAAUAAUGUGGUAGUUCCUAAGAAGAACAAUAAAUUCCGUGACCACCUCAAACAUCUGCAAGAAACUUUUGAUAUCCUGAGAAAGCAUAACAUGAAACUUAACCCCGAGAAAUGCGCGUUCGGGGUUAGUUCUGGUAAGUUUCUGGGGUUUCUGGUCUCGCAAAGAGGAAUUGAGGUAAACCCCGACAAAAUCAAGGUCAUAGAGGACAUCCCCGAUCAACUGUCGAGCGUAAAGAACAUCCAAAGGCUCACAGGAAGGUUGGCAGCUCUGAGCAGGUUUAUUUCCCGGUCGUUAGAAAAAUGUCAUCGUUUCUUCGCUUUGCUCAAAAAGAAAAAUAAUUUUGAUUGGACACCACAGUGUCAACAAGCUUUGAGGGAUUUGAAGAGGUAUUUAUCAAGCCCUCCAUUGCUCUCAAAACCAAAAGAAGGCGAAACAUCGUUGGUCUAUCUCGCGGUCAUGGAACUUGUGUCUGUGAUUGCUACUCCUGGCAACCAAGGAGGCAGCAACGGUGUCAGAAUUGACAUCAGAAGUUUGGACCUUAUUAACGAACGGGGGCUUCCAACAGGACUUGAUUCCAAUGUCAUCGAAAUCAAAUACGACUUACAGCUGGCGGUAAAUCAGUCAAUUACUCAUAUCCCAAGAGAGGAGAACACAGAAGCAUAUACCUUGGCAAACUUGGGAUCAUCAACGAAAAUAAAGGGAAUAGAGUCUGGCGCGGUAAUACAAUUGACAAACUCGGUUCUGGAUACAAAUGGUUAUUACGAGGUAAAUUCAACUAGUUUGGUAUGGGACCGGAGGAAUGAAAUAAUCGAUUACCUCGAACACAGGAAGUUGCCUGAAGAUCACAAGGCAUCACGGGCGUUGCGUGCAAAAGCUGCACGAUACAGCUUCAAGAGAGGUCAAUUGUCCUUAUCAGAAGAUCAGAGAACGCGAAGUGGUAGAUUUCUUGUGGAAAAUAUAAUUUGCAGGUUUGGAAUAUCGAAAAAAAUAGCAUGUGACAAUGGGCUGCAGUUUAUCGGUGCAAAGGUUACGAAGUUCCUUGAAGAUUUGAAGAUAAAAAGGAUCACGUCUUCACCUUACCAUCCGAGCCCGAAUGGUCAAGUUGAAUCAACGAACAAAGUGAUUAUUCAAAACCUCAAGAAAAGGCUGGAAGCGGGAAAAGGCAAAUGGCUCGAAGAAUUACCCGGAGUUCUAUGGGCCUACCGCACAACAGCCAAAUCGAGCACAUGA